AUGGGUUCCCCCGUUGAUACCUCCUUAUUCACCUUUCAUCAUGGUGAUGUACAUAUUUUUGUGUUGAUAGAUGUUGAUAAUCUCCUCAUCACCGGCUCAUGCUCUACAUCUAUACAACAUCUCGUUACUCAGCUUAAGCAAGAAUUUGCUUUGAAAGCUCUUGGUGAGCUUGGCUACUUCUUGGGAGUCGAAGCCUCAAGGGAUACUCAGGGACUUCAUUUAUGUCAAAGUAAAUAUAUACUUAAUAUUCUUUAUCGCUUCAGGAUGGUUGGUGUGAAGCCCUACCCAGCUCCAUAUGUCUCAGGAGGAAAAUUAUCUACAAUAGACAAUGAGCCCGUUGAGGAUAUUAAUGGUUACAGGCAAUUGUCAGCCAAAAGAGUCUUGCGCUAUCUCAAGGGUACUAUAGAUCAUGGCCUAUAUUUCUACAAAGGUUCCCUAAAACUUCAUGCCUACUGUGAUUCUGACUGGGUGGGAGAUCCUAGCGACAGACGAUCAACUGCUGGCUACGGAAUAUUUUUGGGUCCGUGUUUGAUAUCAUGGUGUGCAAAGAAGCAAGGUGUGGUUUCUCGCUCCAGUACUGAAUCUCAAUACAGGGCUUUGGCUAUGGUUGUUGCGGAACUCUAUUAG